ACUGUUGGCGGUCGUUGAUAAAAAAAUAUACAACAACUGUCAACGCUCGUCGUUGUCGACUGUAACAUUGUCAAAUGUCAAUUAAUAUUGCCUGAAUAUUAAUCUGAUUUAAUUUUUUUUUGUGCUCUCGGACAACUUAACGCUCAAUCCGUAAGGAACACACCGAUGACAGCAGCUGUGGUCGCAUUAAUCGUAUUUGACAUGGCCAGAUGAGAACGACUGACGUCUUCUUCCCAAUCGCGAUGAGUAGGACAACGUAAGAUCCAUCGUACAGGGGACACCGACCGACUACCCGAGACACCGAACUCGCUAGUAGACGAAAUAAUGUCGUACGAACAGACUGCUUGCGACGAUCUUAAAGCUUUUGAGCGGCGACUAACCGAGGUGAUUGCUUCCAUCAAGCCAAUAACUAAUCGAUGGCGAACAAUUUUAGCUAUUUCAACAUUAAGCGCUUCAAUAGGUGCCUAUUAUUGGUUGACAGAUCCACAAACAGCUAAAGUAUCAUUUGUCCAAUCGCUGUACAAUCAUUUAUUGUUCACCAUUUCAUCAAUAAUGCUUAUGAUAUUACUUUUAACCGGAGUGCACAAAAAAGUGAUAGCAACAUCGAUAAUAACGUCACGUGCGAGGCAAGUGCUAGCCGAUUUUAAUAUGUCUUGUGAUGAUUCUGGAAAACUAAUACUUAGACCUAGGCCACAACAAAACACAUGAUGAUAAAUAAUGUAUUGUUCUAUUUAUUUUGUUUUUACUUUGUCAGUAUAAGCAUUAUAUAACAAUUGAUCAUGAAUGACUGACACCUUAUUGAAACGGGUAAGAUCUAUCAUUUUGAAUUUUAAUGUAUCUAAUAUACGAUAUGCUUAAAUUUGUGUUACUAAACAAGUUGUAUUUUAUGUGUUUCAAUAAAAUGUGCUUUUGUACAUAAUACAAUUAA